CCCCGCCGCCCCCGCCCUCCGCGGGCCGCGCGCGCCCCCGAGCGCAGCCGCCGCCUGCUGCAGCCGCGACCUGCGAGCGCGGAGACAGGGAUCCUGCAUCUGUGUAGGGCAGAGAUCAUGAAUUCUUUCUAGUUUCAGCACCUCUGAUUUUUCAGUUUGUGAGUGGAAUUUGACGCACCAAGCAUCAUGUCUGACUGGGUGCUCCUUGGGCUGAUCGGAGCGCUGGUUGUGCUGCUGCUGCUGACCAUCUUUGGUUUCGUUGUCUACUCGGGGCUUUUCACAGAGGUUGUUGUGAGUGCUGGCUCACCACCUAUUGGCAACAUCACGCUGGCCUACAAGUUCAGAAUUGGGCCGUAUGGCGAAUCAGGGCAACUGUUCACAGAUGGCUGCAGCAUCUCUUCGAAGCUCUGUUCCAUUGGUGUCUACUAUGACAACCCUCACACGGUACCGCCAGAAAAGUGCCGAUUUGCCAUAGGCCGAAUCCUGAGCGAGGGUGAGGCAAAGCCGUCGGAGGAGCAGAUCAAGCGAUUCCAGAAGUAUGGCUUCAAGAUAUUCUCCUUCCCUGCUCCCAGCCAUGUGGUCAUGGCGACAUUUCCAUUCACCACACCAUUAUCUAUCCAUCUGGCAGUCAAUCGUGUCCACCCAGCCCUUGACACCUACAUUAAGGAGAGAAAGCUGUGCGCCCAUCCCAGACUUGAGAUCUACAAAGAAGAUCGAAUCUAUUUUGUGUGUCCCCUUGCUCGUCAAGGGGACUUUUAUGUGCCUGAAAUGAAAGAAUUGGAGAGGAAGAGCAGGGCUGUGGCAGCUGAGGCUGAAGAUGCCCAGACAGAUAUUACAGGGGCUGACACCAUGAGUGAGACUAGCUCCAUUAGCAUGGAGGCCACAACCGACAGCAGAGACACCUCAGUGGCCACCUCCAUCCUUUCGCCGUUCCCAACCAGCCGUGGUCGGGAGGAGACCGACAAUCGUAGUGAGCACAGCUACAGUGAGUCUGGAGCCAGUGGCUCCUCCUUUGAGGAGCUGGACCUAGAAGUCACCGGGGAUGGGGAGGGAGCUCCAGGCCUGCUGCUUGACUUGGGCUGUGCAGAAGACCAGGAGGUCACAGGCAAGUGGACCAAGGAACCCAUUGCUGCUGAAAGAGGCGAAGAGUAAAACAGAGACCUGACUUCCUUGCCUUUCGUAGGGAUUUAAAGUACCAAGAACUGUCUGUCUUCCUGUCUCCUUCUUCUCCAGCCGAGAGAUUAAGUUACUGAUUUCUUCUGGGAGCCACUCUCCCUCUUUGCAGAAAGGGUGUUUGAAUAUUACAAGGGCAGAUGGUUCAGCUGCAGGGUUGGAGCUGGGAGGCAGUGGGUCUCCUACAAUGCUAGGGUGUGCUGGGGUAGGUGCACGCUGGUGGGUAGUGAAAUGCAUUUGCAGUUUGUGUGUCUCUAGUUGCCUUGCGUAUUCUCUGCAGGCAUCUCUGGGGGUGUAUGUGUGUUCCACAGGUUCCCCUUCUCUCUAGUCUCUCUAUUGGUGCCCCUCUCUCACCCACAGCCUAUUUCUCUGUCACAUGGGUGUGUGUUUGCUAACACCAAAGAGCAGUGAAUAGGAUUGGUUGAUUUUGUUCCCCCUUUCUCUUUUCCUUGCUGAAAAUUGAAACAUCCAGUGUAAAAUUGUCCUCCUGAAACUGCCAUGGAAGCUUUUGGAAUCUGUAAUAAAAUGGAUGCUUUUCCUCUCA